UGCCAGUGUCUGAGUCCCUCUCGGUGUAUGUGUGGUAACAACAUGUCUGUCCCCCUCCUCGCUGAUGCAGUGACUGUCUCAGGGGCAGAGCGGGAGACUGCCGCGGUAAUUUUUUUACAUGGCCUUGGAGACACGGGGCACAGCUGGGCUGAUGCUCUCUCCUCCAUCCGCCUCCCCUAUGUGAAAUAUAUUUGCCCUCACGCGCCCCGGAUCCCAGUGACCCUCAACAUGAAGAUGGUUAUGCCCUCCUGGUUCGAUCUGAUGGGGUUGACUCCGGAUGCGCCUGAGGAUGAAGUUGGGAUCAAGAAAGCCGCAGAAAACAUUAAAGCAAUUAUCGAGCAUGAGAUGAAGAACGGGAUCCCACCCAACCGCAUCAUCCUGGGGGGCUUCUCACAGGGCGGUGCCUUGUCGCUGUACACGGCUCUCCCCUGCCAGCACCAGCUGGCCGGCAUCGUGGCGCUCAGCUGCUGGCUCCCGCUGCACAAGGCCUUCCCGCAGGCGGCAAAUAACGGCGUGAACAAGGACAUCGCCAUCCUGCAGUGCCACGGGGAGAUGGACCCCAUGAUCCCCGUCCGCUUCGGGGCCCUCACUGCUGAGAAGCUGAAAUCUGUUGUCACCCCCGCCAAGGUCCAGUUCAAAACCUACCCCGGCGUGAUGCACAGUUCCUGUCCUCAGGAGAUGAUGGCGGUGAAGGAGUUCAUCGAGAAGCUGCUGCCCCGGAUCUAAGCAGAGCCAAUCAAGACUGUUGCAGGGAAGGACGCCGAGGUCACAGCCGCUGAUCUUUCCCCCGUGACCCG